AUAUACAAGACAGCUUCUAGUACUUUCUCGUCGUUUUGUUCAACUUCCACCACAUUUUUCAAAAUUUCUUCCGUUCCUCUGUUUUCCUUGCUUCUUCUCAGGCCCCCCCCCCCCUUUUUUUUAUUAUCUUUUUUCCUUCUCUCUCAAGGAAAAAUCAUACCAGAGAAAAUGCAGGUUGCCAAGAAACCAUCAGGGAUUUCAAUGGACCCAACCAACAUGGCUGCUGAGUCGGCAGCCGGGAAGAUGCUAGCCGAGACCAUGAGCCCGCCCAUCGCUUACGAGAUGGUGAGGCAGCUAGGGGCAUGCAACACGGUGGUGGUGUUCAGCAUGAGCGGCUGCUGCAUGUGCACCGUGGCCAAGCGCCUCCUCUUUGGCCUCGGCGUCGGCCCUACCAUCAUCGAGCUGGACGAGCAUGUCGCCGGACCGGACAUCCAGGCCGUCCUCUACGAGCUUGCAGUGGACGGGCAGCAGCCCAUCCCGGCCGUGUUUGUCGGUGGGAAGUUCUUGGGAGGCGUGGAAACGCUAAUGGCGUGGCACAUCAACGGAACCCUAGUCCCCCUCCUCAAGGACUCCGGCGCUCUCUGGCUCUGAUCAAGUCAUUAUCAUUAUUACUAUCAUCACUAUCAUCUCAGUUUCGCACGUAUUACAUCAUAAUUAUAAGUACUUAUCAGGUUUAAUAUAUGAAUUAAUGUCUUAAUAUUUCUCGAGCUAGGGUUAUUAAGUUUGUCCAUGUCUUUCUUUCUAGCUAGCCCUAUAGGUUUUAUAUGUAUUACGUACUUUAUGAGGUGGUUGUGCAGACUGUGUUGCUAGCUAAAAUCUA